AUGGCAGGAUCUCAAGCACUCAAAGCCCUCAAGGAGGCUGGCAUUCACUCCGUCCUCAUCAACCCCAACAUUGCUACCAUUCAGACCUCGCACGUUCUCGCUGACGAAAUCUACUACCUCCCCGUCACCCCUGAAUAUGUGACCUACGUUAUCGAAAAGGAACGCCCCGAUGGUAUCUUCCUCUCGUUUGGUGGUCAGACUGCCCUCAACUUGGGUGUGAAGAUGGACGAGAUGGGCAUUUUCGAUCGUUACAAUGUCAGAGUCUUGGGUACCAGCAUCCAGACCCUGAAGACCAGUGAAGACAGAGAUCUGUUUGCUCAAGCUCUCAAGGAGAUUGACAUCCCCAUUGCUGAGAGUAUCGCUGUCAGCACCAUCGAUGAGGCUCUUGACGCCGCUGAGAAGGUUGGCUACCCCAUCAUUGUCCGUGCUGCCUAUGCCCUUGGUGGUCUCGGUUCUGGUUUCGCCAACAACCCCGAAGAGCUCCGCAACCUGUCUGCUCGUUCUCUCACUCUCUCCCCCCAGAUCUUGGUCGAGAAAUCGCUCAAGGGCUGGAAGGAGGCCGAGUACGAGGUCGUUCGUGACGCUUCUGACAACUGUAUCACCGUCUGCAACAUGGAGAACUUUGACCCUCUCGGUGUCCACACCGGUGACAGCAUCGUCGUUUCGCCCAGUCAAACCUUCAGCGAUGAGGAAUACCACAUGCUCCGUACCGCCGCCAUCAAGAUUGUCCGCCAUCUUGGUGUCGUUGGUGAAUGCAACGUCCAAUACGCUCUCCAGCCUGAUGGUCUCGACUACAGAGUCAUCGAGGUCAACGCCCGUCUCUCUCGUUCAUCUGCUCUUGCCUCCAAGGCUACCGGUUACCCUCUCGCCUACACUGCUGCCAAGAUUGGUCUCGGACACACUCUUCCUGAGCUUCCAAACGCCGUCACCAGAACCACCACUGCCAACUUCGAACCCUCUCUGGAUUACAUCGUCACCAAGAUGCCUCGCUGGGACUUGAGCAAGUUCCAGAACGUCAAGCGCGACAUUGGCAGUGCCAUGAAGUCCGUCGGUGAAGUCAUGGCCAUCGGUCGUACUUUCGAAGAAUCAUUCCAAAAGGCCAUCCGUCAAGUCGACCCCAGAUUCCUCGGACUCCAGGGCGACAAAUUCGACGACCUUGACGACGUUUUGGCAAACCCCACCGACCGCAGAUGGUUGGCUGUCGGCCAGGCCAUGCUCCACGAAGGCUACUCUGUCGACCGUGUCCACGAACUCUCCAAGAUUGACAAGUGGUUCCUCUACAAGAUCCAGAACAUUGUUGACACUACCCACGAACUCGAAGCCAUUGGCAGCCUUUACGGUGUCAAGAAGGAGCUCAUGCACAAGGCCAAGAAGCAAGGUUUCUCCGACAAGCAGAUUGCCAAGGCUGUCAACAGCACUGAGGACGAGGUCCGUGCGCGCCGCAAGAACUUCGGCAUCACCCCCUUCGUCAAGAAGAUCGACACUCUUGCUGCUGAGUUCCCGGCAAACACGUGA